ACUAACGAAGAAGAAGGCUUCCCAAUUUAAGGCAAACAUGGCGGAAACAAUAGAGCAGGCGACGCUAACCGGCGAAUAUUUUCCCAAGGAAAGAAAAAAGUUAACCCCCGAGGAAGAAGCCAAGCUAGAAAGGCAACAUUUUUGGAGGAUAAUCGACGCCUUUAGGUUUUACAGGGUUCAUGUACAAGAGCAUGUCAAUCGAGCCGAGCGUCAUUUUCGUAGUCUACCUCAACGCCACCAGAAUUUAUUGCCGUCUGUCCUGCCCAACCUGGUCCGCAUCCGUCAAUGUGCAGACCACAACCAUGAAGUCUUACAGGCCAUUGUCGAGCACAGCAUUCACAUGUUUGAGAACAUUGAAUAUGGGGAACGGGAGGAUCAGAGGAAGGUGUGCCCAUCCUCAACAUUUGACAUGGACAAACUGAAGUCCACCAUAAAGCAGUUUGUCCGAGACUGGAGCGAGGCGGGUCAGGGGGAGCGGGACUCCUGUUAUCAACCCAUCAUCCGGGAGAUCCAAAGACACUUCCCAAGUGAUCUAUAUGAUGUAUCUAAGGUCAGCGUGCUGGUCCCGGGGGCUGGACUUGGUCGUCUAGCCUGGGAAAUUGCUCGUUUGGGCUACAUUUGCCAGGGCAAUGAAUGGAGCUUCUUUAUGCUUUUCGCUUCCAACUUUGUUCUUAAUAGGUGUGAAAAAGUGAAUUGUCUGACACUGUACCCCUGGAUUCACCAGUUUAGCAACAAUAAGAAGUCUUCCGACCAGACACGGCUUAUCAGAUUUCCCGAUGUCAAUCCUCAGAGUUUACCGCAAGAUUCAGACUUCUCCAUGGUAGCAGGGGACUUCCUGGAAGUCUAUUCCGAUGCAGAUUCUUGGGACUGUGUGGCGACGUGUUUUUUUAUCGACACGGCUCAUAACGUCAUACAGUAUGUGGAAACCAUCUGGAAGAUUCUUAAACCCGGAGGAGUGUGGAUCAAUCUGGGUCCGCUGUUGUACCAUUUUGAGAACAUGGCCAAUGAGCUCUCAGUGGAACUCAGCUAUGAAGACAUCAGGGCAGCUAUGGUGAAAUUAGGCUUCCACAUAGUGGUGGAGAAUGAGUCUCUACAUACCACCUACACAGAGAACGAGCGUUCCAUGUUGCGAUACAUUUACGACUGCGUCCUCUUUGUGGCACGGAAACCGGAAAAUCUGUACUCUAACUGUCAGGCAGAGGAUGAGCCACAGAAUUCACCGCCAGCUGCCAAAUCGCCACGACAAGAUAACUCAAAGUCUCAUACGUGAGUGGAAUUUUUUUAGCCAAGGACGGUAAACUUUGAUUCACUUGAAAAGAAAAGAAUGACCAAGGAAGGAUGGAAACUGACCCCAAUUAUCUUUUUGUUACAUUGUGUUUCUAAGAUGCCAAAAAUGUAAUCAACUCAGGAGGGGGAGACACUUAGCAGAAACUAAGGAUGAUUUCAUAUUUAAGACAAUUUGUUAUUUGGACAUUGCAUUAACAGGGAAUAGCAUCAAGAAGUGGCUUUUCCAAGCACCUUGUGGUAAAACGCAAGUUUACAAACAGGUUUCUGUUGAGCAGAUUUUUCGAAUGCUGGAUGGAAUUAGUCAACUGCAAAAAGUGUAGAAAGUACCGUAGACAUAGACUACACUCUUGUUCAAAUGACAGUUUUUUGUGAUAUACAGUGUAUAAAAAAAAUCAAGCUAAAUAAUUUCAGAUUUUUGCACAUGCUCUUAUCAAUGGGGGAUGUGGCAGUGUUCAGAAUUAACUACUCAUUUUGAACAUUAAGUGGAAGCCAGCUUCGGAUGGAAAUGACGCUUUUUUGAAGCACUGAACUACUCUGUUGAAUCGCUUGGAAACUGGGUUCAGUUCAAUUCUUCAAGCUUUGGUUAGUGACCUCUCCUGGAGAAAAUCAAGGCUGCAGUGUAUUUGAAACCUCUUUGCUUUGAAAUCUUAAUAUACACAAACAGACUGAAUAUCACAUUUCUACAAAUAAAAUAUAUUUUUAUAAAUAAA